AUGACCUUCUCCAAGGUCAAAUCGACCUCAAAAGCGCGGAAGUCGAAAGGGGAGGCUCCGAGCGGCCCAUCUCCAGAGGAAUUUGCUGCGAUGUUGGAGUUUCAGGCCUGUCUUGUUGAUGAUAAUGAUAAACACCAUCAUACGUUCAAGAAACACGAUACUAUCGCAAUUUUGCCUAACGGCUUCUCCCCCGGAGACCCUAUCGAGCCAUGGGAGCAUUGGGUUGGCAAAAUCAAAGAAAUUCGCGGUGAAAGGUAUGCCGACGAGUCGAACCUUGUUUACGCCAAAGUGCAAUGGUAUUACAAUUCGAAGGAUGUAGCAGGCGUCAUCAAAUCAUUUGACCCACAAGUAGUCGGUCAGUUCGAACGUAUCUAUUCCGACCAUUAUGACCUGGUUGAGCCUGAAGCUUUCGACGGCGUCAUACCAUUGUACAAAUUCAAUGAAGAAGACCCAGAACAAACGUAUAUCCCUAGAGAUUCCUUCUUCCGCAGAUACACCUUCGAGUACAGGGCUCGUAACCUCCAACCCAAACCCGGCGCAGACUCAUGCAUAUGCCACACACCCUACAACCCCGACGAUACCGAGCUCGCUAACUUGAUGCAUUUCUGCCCUCGUCCUUCUUGUCGAAGAGCAUACCACCACGGCUGCCUCAUUGCCGCCAAAUCAAAAGAAAGCCCGUCCGAAACUUCAACAGGUGCGACCUCUAUCAGGAUAGUGCCUCCGAAAGGGAAGAAAGACGAAGAAGAUGGCAAGUCCACAAUCGCCGUCACCCGAAGCCGGAGUGCACAGAAGCAACCCGAACCCGCUAAACGCGGACGGCCGAAGCGCACUAAGCAGAAGGUAGAAGAGGAGGAUACGGCUUCGCUGGUCGAAUCCGCAUCUUCUGCUCUGAUAGCCGGGCUGUCCAGCAGAGAUCUACGCCUUCUUGCCUGCUCGCCUGAUACGGACGAAGUUGUGGACCUCCAGGAUCUGGUUCCCUUCAGCUUAUCAUCAGCUCUGAAUGGACUGGAGAGCGAAGAAGAGGACCAGGACGACGAAGAUGAAGACGAGAAGGACGCUGUCGCUAAGACUGAAAGUUCAGAUGAGGUGUCCGCCAUGGAGGUUGAAGAAGAACCGCCAAAGAAACGUAGAAGGGGACGUCCACCGAAGGUCAAGCCCAUCAUCGCGGAGCCAGACGUCAUCCGCUCGCAGCCCAAAUGGAAACUCGAGCCAACGUCUCCAGUGUCCUCUUCCUUCCCCUCUGGUGCUACCCAUUCCCUCUCCAACACCGUCAAGAAACCCGCAUUCGCCUCUCCCACCGUCAAAAAGCCCUCGUCCUUCGGCAAACCAUCCAAAGCCAAAGGAAAAGCCAAAGGAAAAGCCAAGUCCUCUCGAACAACACGGGCCUCUCAAAAGGCAAAGAAACCCAAGCUCCAACCUCAACGCGUCCCGCUAGCCACGCUGCUCUCUGCCCUUCCCCCAGAGUUCCUCCACGUAGCCACACAGCCCAUGGUCCGAGGUGGCGCUUUCGUCAAGGGCGGCGUCAGCGGGAACGUGGGCAUCAUCACUCGUGCCCGUAGGAUGGUCUAUGCGUACCUCGCCGAAGCAGGUGGCGGGACGGGCGGGGCUGACGUCGAGGUAUGGGAGGAGAAGGUAUUCGGAAUGAGCGUAGACGAGCAGGCGCAGGAGAGAGCCAUCGAGUGGGACAAGGAGAACGCGGCGCAGGCAGGCCCGAAGGGCAUCGGAGUAGGGAUAGGAGGUCGGGAUUCACUGGACAUUGUGGGUUUAGAGAACGCGAUUGUGAAGAUCGAUGGCUCGAAGAAGCCUCUCCCCCUGUUUGUGUGCCCGAAAUGCAAGAGUGCUAUCUGA